UUUUUUUUUAAAUUUCUUACACUACUACAAAUAAAAUAUAUUUUUUUUUCCAGCAACCACAGUAAUAGACAAAACGAAAAAGAAGAAACAGAAAUAAUAAUAAUAAUAAUAAUAAUAAUAAAAACGACCAAAUGCCAAAAUAUAUUGGAGCUAUUGACCAAGGAACAACUUCUACACGUUUUUUGAUUUUUGAUCAAGCAGGAAAUCAUGUCACCUCAUAUCAACUCGAAUUUGAGCAAUUAUAUCCACGCCCAGGUUGGAUUGAACACGACCCUUAUGAUUUAUUGGAUUCUGUUAUUCGUUGUGCUGAUGAGGCAGUUAGAAAGUUUGGUAUGAUGGGUCAUAAUACAAGUGAUUUAAAAGCUGUCGGCAUUUGUAAUCAAAGAGAAACCACUUUAAUUUGGGAUCGUAAAACGGGCGAACCAUUAUAUAAUGCGAUUGCCUGGGGAGAUACUCGAACAAAUAAUCUUGUAAAAGAACUUGCAGAGAAACAAGGAGAUUUAAAUGUACAAGAAAUUUGUGGGUUACCACUUCAUAAUUACUUUUCAGCUGUUAAAGUGAGAUGGUUAAUGGAUAGAAUUCCUAAAGUGAAAUAUGCAGUGGAAAAUAAACGUGCUAUGUUUGGUACUGUUGAUACAUGGUUAAUAUGGAAUUUGACAGGUGGCAUUCAAGGAGGAAAACAUAUUACAGAUGUAACAAAUGCAAGUCGUACAAUGUUUAUGAAUUUAAAAUCACGUCAAUGGGAUGAACGUCUUUUGAAUUUUUUCGGUGUACCAUCUCAUAUGUUACCCACCAUUGUUUCUUCAGCAGAGAAUUAUGGUAAUAUGCAAUGGGGUCCCUUAGAAGGUGUACCUAUCAUGGGUUGUUUAGGUGAUCAACAGGCUGCCUUAGUAGGACAAAAAUGUUUUGAAGUAGGAGAAGCGAAAAACACAUAUGGUACAGGUGCUUUCCUGUUAAUGAAUGUCGGUGAAUCUCCUGUUUUAUCAAAGAGUGGGUUAUUGUCAACGGUGGGUUAUCAAUUUGGUCCUAAUGCUCCUGUAUCUUAUGCACUUGAAGGCUCUAUUAGUGUAGCGGGUGCCGCUGUUAAAUGGCUAAGAGAUAAUUUAGAGCUAAUCAAAACUUCAGAUGAUAUUAAUACCUUGGCUUCAAAGGUGAAAACAACAGGUGGUGUCUUCUUCGUUACUGCCUUUUCUGGUCUCUUUUCUCCCUAUUGGAGAGAUGAUGCACGUGGUACUCUUGUAGGUUUAACUCAAUAUACAAAUAAAUAUCAUCUUGCAAGAGCGACACUUGAAGCUGUUUGUUUCUCAACAAGAGCUAUCUUGGAAGCUAUGAAAGCAGAUGGUGAUGUCCCCUUAAAAAUGUUAAAAGCAGAUGGUGGUAUGUCAAAUUCAGAUCAAUGUAUGCAAAUCCAAGCUGAUGUAUUGGGUAUACCUGUCAUUCGUCCUGGCAUGCGUGAUACAAGUGCCCUGGGUGCUGCUUAUGCUGCUGGCUUUGCUGCUGGUAUUUGGAAAGAUAUAGAAGAUAUUAAGAAAGUGUCUGCUGACCGUGAAGAUGUGUUUUAUGCAAAAUGGGAUGAUGAAGGACGUGAACGUAAAUACCGUCAAUGGGAAGAAGCAGUUCAAAGAAGUUUUGGUUGGACAGAUGUUUAUCGACCUGCGGAUCGUAUCUUGUAAACCUCCCCCCUUUUUUUUUAUAUAUAUUUAUAAUCCCUUAUUAAUUAACUACAUACAUCAUUCAUUUAUAUUAUAACUUUUUUCACGUAUUUAUAUACAAUUUCCUUCUUAAUAUACUAGAUGCAACACUCCUAUUCUCCAUUUUGUUUACAUAAUGGCUCCUUUUUCUCUCUCUCUCUCUUUUUUUUUCUUCUUCUUCUUUUCGCGUCUAUUAUAAAU